AUGGCUAUGGCCAUCCCUCGACGCACACCCGCCCGCCUCAACACCGUCACGACCUACACUCUCGCGCACACGGCGCAAUGCAAACUCAAGCUGGCAGCGAAUAGGCCGGAUAGGAACUUGAGAUUCGUCUUGGGCCAUGCCUUCACACUGGAUAAUUUGAUGCUUAGGAUCGUGGAGAUUGAAAAUAGCAGUGCCAAGUCGGCUUUUACGGAAGGGAAGAGGUCUAGAUCCGCCAGCGGAGACGAAAGGGAACAUUAUGACUGCACAAAGCCUGUCGAGCAUUUUGACUGUACUGCGGCGGCAGCACCACCACCAGAGCCGGAACACUUUGAUUGUACGGCAGCGCCUCCUGAGCCAGAACAAGUACCAGAGGACUACGACUGUACAGUGGCCACCCCAGUUCCAGCACAGCCAGAAUCUACCAGCAAGGGGCGGAGGAUAAGUUUCCAGGACAACAAUGCGCGACCAUCAAAGACGAGUACAGGUACGCUGAUUCCGGGUUCGCCCCAAGGAAGACGCUCACCCCCACCGGUCGAAAACCCUCUCUCGUUCGACGACGAUUCGGACGAAGGGACGAGCUCCGAUGAUUACGACGACCCAGAACUGGCGGCGUAUGACUGCGAGGCUGCACCGCAGGUGCCGGAGGAAAAGAAGAUGGCGAAGAAAGCGAGGCCAGUGCACGACGCGUACGAGGAUGAAGAGGAUGCGGCGCUGGAGUUGGCUGAUGACGAAUUGGAUACGGACGCGGAUGCGGAUCCGGAUGGAGAGGUGAUGGGGUUGGAGGAGGAUAUGGACGGAUUGGGCUUGACAAGAUUUGAAAGUGCGAGUGCGAAACCGCCGAGGAUGGUUCAGGAUCUGUCGGAUGACGAAGAUGAAGAGGAGGAAGGGCCAGAGUCGCCGCCUCAACUUCCGGCCGACGUGGAUGUCAGGCAGAUCAUCGAAGGCGAGAAGGAUGAAGAAUUGACGGAUUUGUAUGAGAGUGUCAGACGAUGUAUGUGUCACGGGCAGAGGGAUACCGUGGGCGGGAGGCCGGAGGGUGUGUGGGAUGUGCCGGAGGAGAAGGCAGGUGGGAGGAGGUUGGCUCUUGUUGCUGUUGCUGCUUGA